AUGGAGCUGCCCAGGUCAGAGCUGCUGGUAAUCAGCGAGGAGCUAGACGAGGGCGAGCUGGCGGCUCUGAAGUUCCUCAGCCUGGAGCAUGUCCCCAUGAGGAGGCUGGAAGCCAUCCAGAAGGCACAGGACUUCGUCGAUGUGUUACAGGAGAAAGGUAUGAUCGAGGCGGGGAACCUGGACUUCCUGAAGGAGCUGCUCUACCGUAUCGGUCGGAUGGACCUUCUGGAAGCCCAGCUGGGCUCCAGCCGAGAGGAGAUGGAGGAGGAGCUGCAGGUUCCAGGCCGGGCACGGGUGGCGGCCUACAGAUACCUGCUCUUUCAGCUGUCAGAAGACAUGAACAAUGAUGAGCUGAAUUAUUUCAAGUUUCUUUUGGGGACAGAAUUACCAAAAUGCAAGUUAAACCCUAAGACUACGAUGCUCGACGUUUUCAUUGAUAUGGAGAAGAAGGGGAUUUUGGGAGAAGGCAACCUAAAUAUCCUGAAGCAUCUCUGUGCAGAAAUUAACUUCAGCCUGUUGAAGAGAAUUGAAGAGUAUGAAUUAAACCUAUUUGGUAAAGAAGGGAUAGUCAUCACAGAGGAACAGAGUGGCAGUACAGGAGACCCUGAAGCCCGUACCAGAUGGCUGGCAUCACCUGUGUCACCUGACUUUCCUGGCAGUUGCAGUGCAUCUUCCCAGCUUGAAGCUUACAAAAUGACUAGCCAGCCCCGUGGCGUGUGCUUGAUCCUGAAUAAUCACAAUUUUGCCAAAGCCAGGAAAACAGUGCUGGAACUCAAAAACAUGAAGGAUCGGAAUGGGACAGAUGUGGAUGCAGAGGCUCUAAGAAGAGUCUUCAGCAAUCUCCAUUUUGAAAUAGCAGAAUAUAGAGACCUUACUGCAGAGCAAAUCCGUGAGACCGUGGACAUUUACCGGUGCAAAGACCAUAAGGACAAAGACUGUUUUGUUUGCUGUAUCCUGUCUCAUGGGAAAAAAGGCGUUAUAUAUGGUGUUGAUGGACAGGAAGUGCCUAUCCAGGAACUGACCACUUGUUUCACUGGACAGAAUUGCCGCUCACUUGCUGGAAAACCAAAAGUCUUUUUUGUUCAGGCCUGCCAAGGUGAUGCUUGCCAGAAGGGUGUGAUCAUUGAAACAGAUUCUGGAGAUCAAGAUUCUUCUUUAGAAACAGAUGCAAGAUUUCAGCUCGACUGCAUCCCUGCAGAGGCAGACUUCCUCUUGGGCAUGGCUACCUUGCAAGAUUACGUGUCCUACAGAAGCCCGAGACAGGGGACCUGGUACAUACAGGCAUUGUGUAAGCAGCUGGAGUACAGCUGUCCUCGUGGAGAAGAUAUUCUUACCAUUCUGACAGCAGUGAAUCAAGAGGUGAGCAGAAAGAGUUGCAAUCCAAAUGCAGAGAAGCAGAUGCCACAGCCCAGUUUCACACUAAGGAAGAAGCUCAUCUUUCCAGUCAACUAAAUGGCUGGGAACUGCAUGGCAGAGGGAGCUGCGGUAGCCUGAAA